AUGGCCGGCCUCAACGACGUGCCCUUCAUCAAGGGUCUUGCCGUGCCCUCGGUAUGCACCCUCAUCAUCUUUCUUGGCUACUUCUCCCAAUUCGUCUUCCACUACUCGACAUCUCUCGAACCGGGUCCUCCCUCACGUCGCGAAACCAUUAUAUUCAACAGUCUCCUGUUCAUCCUCUGGGUAACCUACUACCGCGCCGUUACCGUCGAUCCGGGCCGUUAUGUCUUCAAGGACCGCGUUAUCGAGGCCGAUGGUCAGCGCUGGUGCAAUAAAUGCGCGGCUCCCAAACCCCCCAGGGCGCAUCAUUGUCGUCAUUGUGCGAGAUGUGUGCCAAAGAUGGACCAUCACUGUCCCUGGACGAGGAACUGCGUGUCCAUGACCACGUUUCCGCAUUUUAUUCGCUUCUUGAUAUACACAAAUAUGUCACUAUGGAUGCUCGGAUAUUUCUUAUGGCAGCGCUUCUCAAAAAUCUGGGAACACCGUCAUCUUCCCGCAUACCUAGGACCUAGUCUCCCCGGACUAAUCGGUAUAUCUCUUAUUACGAUUGUCAACUUCUUCACUACUGUGGCUCUGGGCAUUAUGCUCAUCAACACGAUCAAGGCGUGGAUAUUCAACCAGACUAUGAUAGAGGGAUGGGAGCAGGACCGGCAUGAGGCUCUGAUGGACAAGGGACCCAAGGAAUGGUGGGACAUUAUGGGACCUGAUGGUGAAAAGGUCCGGUUUGAGAGACUCGAGUUCCCAUAUGAUAUCGGGUUCUUCGGCAACAUGGCACAGGCAAUGGGUUCCCGUAACAUCCUCAUGUGGUUCUUCCCUCUCGCCGGAAACUCCACCGUCGCUAAAGACGGCACCGGCUCAGGCUGGACAUGGGAAGAGAACGGCUUCAACCGCGUAGAAGGUCUCUGGCCCCCUCCCGACCCCGACAAGCUCCGCCGAGCCGCCCGGGGCUGGCCAGCUGCAAACCGCGACUACGCCGAAGAGUUGCGCCAGGCCAACAUGAGCUCCAACGAUUUCAAGGCUGGCUUUCUCAAACGGCAGGCCGAUGACGAGAAGCGCAAGAAGCAUCUCAUGGCGGAGCUGGAAGAAGUUGACGACUUUGAUAUGUAUGAUGAUGAAGAGUACGAACGAGACCUUGACGAUGGGCUUGGGUGGGUGAACUCAGAUGGCGAUCGACUACGAGAUUACGGUGUUGAUGAGGAAGAGUCGGAAGCUGAAGUGGCAGACGAUGAUGUGCCCCUUGCAGAGUUGAUGCGACGGAGAAAGGUAACACAACGAGACAACCAAGACGAUUGA